AUGAAGCCAGACGUGCUGAAACAACUCAAAAAGUAUGUGUACACCACAAAACCGUUCAACUCAGAAGAUGAGGGAUUCGCUAUUGUGGUCAAGAAAAAUUUCAUAGCUGCAAAUAGAAAUAUGGCUCAUCAAGUACUGAAUAAGGGAUCAAAAGUUCAUUUGAGAAGUGUGGCGUGUCCAAGAGCUGUUACUGAUGUAACCGUAAAAGCCGCCCAGGAAAUCCAGAACAUCAUUAUGAUGAAGCCUAACGACGAGGAACAGUUCCCUUACUACCCGCGUGAGAGUUAUGGAGAUUACGAAGGAAGAAAAGUGAUCAGCGUCGGGUUGUCUGAAAACAAAGAGAUUCAAUUUGAAGAAGGUGUUAUUGAAGAAUAUGAGAAUGGCUACUGGUACGCCAAAUUGGAAUACGGUAGUAUUGGAAAUGGCGUGUUUGACGAGAAUGGAGGUUUCUCAGGGAUCGCUGUAAAUUUCAAUGAAUCUUCAAAGGUGGCCGAAAUCGCUUCUAAAAACGUGGUGCUCUGUUUGACGGGAGGGCCACCGGGGGUGAGUUGA